UGAUAGUUCAGAUUAGCAGCCUAGAUUAGUCAGAAGAUUAGUGCAAAAAAACUUCCAAAUUACAAUUUUUUUUGUUUAAUUAAUGUACAUAAUGAUGUAAAUUGAAUCUAACUAUGGCUACCGACAGUUUCGAAAUCAACCAGCGAAUUCAAUCUAUUGAAGGGGAUGACAUUGGCACCAUAAAAUAUGUUGGACCCCUGCCAAACACCACCGGACUCUGGUUAGGGAUUGAUUGGGACAAUGAAGAACGCGGGAAACAUGAUGGCACUUUUAGCGGCCAGAGGUUUUUUGUGACAAGAACUUCAAAAAGUGGAUCAUUUUUAAGGCCCACAAAAUGUGCAACCCCAAUAUCACUCAUGGAUGCCAUAAGGGAGAAAUAUGUGGUUGAAAAUGAGAGAGUGGAUGGCGAAAGUGAAAAUGAUGAACAGAAGAAAGAUGAUGGUGUUCAGAGUAUAAAUGAGAUUGGCUCAAAGAAUGUCUAUUUCGUCGGCUGUUCGAAAAUUGAAAGAGAGCAAAGCAGUUUAAAAGAUUUAAAGAGCAUAAGCUUGAGGAAGCAUGCCAUUUCGAGAUGCUGCUCGGCCAAUCAGACGCUAGAUACUCUCGGCUCAUUGGUGGAGCUCAGUUUAGCCGACAAUCUCUUCACUGAUUGGUCGGAGAUUCAGAAGAUUGUAAAUAGUCUGCCCAAGUUGGAGUCGCUCAAUUUGAAAGGAAAUAGAUUUAUGAAAGGAAUCCCGGAGAUAACGCGGCACAUAAAAAUACUGAACAAUAGCGAAAUUCUCGCCGUUCACAAAACGCUCAUGCACAUCCCUACUUCCGGGGACAGUGUCACUAAUUCACUAAUCACUAACAAUGCUACUGAUAACAAUACUGAUACUAACAAUGCUAACACUACUACUGCUUCAAUGAUGAAUGAUGAAUUGGACGAUGAUGGUGAUUUCAAUUAUAAUAAUAGUAGUACAAUUAGUAGUGGUGGUGCUAAUUGUAUUAGUAAUAUUAAUUGUAAUAAUAACGUGAAUUUUCUCUGUUUAUUUGGGGUUGGGUUUGAUUUUGAGCAAGUUCUUAAUACCUCCUUCGAUUUCGUCAGACUCAAGACACUCAUCCUUGCUUAUAAUCAUAUUGAGGAGAUAGAUUUAAAUCUUUGGUUAUCGGCUACGGGUACAUCCCUACUGGCGUCACCCUCGUUGCCAUGGCUACCACUUUUGUUUGUCACUAAUUUGAGUUUGGAGGGGAAUAGGCUGAGAAGUUGGUCGGAGGUUCUGAAGGUUGGGUGUGUUCUUCUGUGGCUGGAUGAGCUGAAUGUCAGUGCCUGUGGAUUGGAUGAGGUAGGUGAUAGGACCCCAGACGCCGAAUUUCUGACGGAUCACCCACGCUACAUUGAACUGAUAGAAAAAUUUGGAAAGCCGGAUAAGGGUAUGCUGGAGGUGAAGACGAACGAUAUUAAGUCUGAGUUGCUACACGUCUUUAUCGCCCUCGUUGCCAAUGAUGAUGAAAAUAAAGACGGCACUGCAACAGGAGAAAAAGUGGCGAAGAUAGUUGAAAAAAAGUUGCCACCCUCGAUGACAGCCGGGAGGCUGAUGAUGAUGCUAGUGAAGAGAAUUUUCAAAGAGGAAAUCCGGAAAUUAGGAAUCGUCUCACCCGAUCCGGAUUCUUUCAAACUGUCAUACUCCAGUCCCUUAUUUGCUAAAAAUAGCGGGGAAAACCGGGAUAAGGAAAGCACUCUCGAAGAUAAAAAUAGUGUCUCAGGAGAUAAAAAUAGCGCAGGUGCUGGGAGUUUGGAUCUAUUUAUAGCGCCUGGUAGAGAAUUGGAAAUCCCAAUUGAUGAUCCCUUCAAAGAGAUUGGCUAUUUUUCAAUCAUUUCUGGAGAUAGCCUUUAUUUAAGAAAGUGCUGAAUGGCUUUCUUGCUCUCUUUCUUUGUCUGUCUGUUUGGCUUCAUUUUUUAUUUUUUCAAAACGAUACAAUCGUUAUUAUAGUUUAUUAUUAUUAUUAUUACUUUUAUUAUUUGUUACUAUAACUGUUAUUUAAAUUGUUUUACUGAUGCAUAUUGAUGGAAUACGUAUUUGAAAUAUUCGGUUUCACUAUUUGUAUCAUUAUUUCUACUGCAGUUUAUCGGAGAAUUCUUUUUGGAAACAAAAAAUAUGUGUAAUGCAA